GGUUGUCGUUAGUUGCAUGCAAACGUGUACGCCGCUUAGCACGAACGAAGGAGCAUAGUGUGUGUGUGUAGCCGGGUACGGAGCGAAUGCAAAUUGUUAAACCAAAAAAAAAAAAACGAAAUUGCGAAUACGUUUUAAGAACAAAUUUAUAAUGUAACUUUUUUUAAAUUUUGCUGUUUCUGCUAUCUGUUUUUGUUCUAAAAAUUUCGGAAUAUUUUUAUUUUCUUAAAAACAAAAAAAUAAAAUAAAGCGAUCAAUCGCCAUAAGAUAGACACGUUCUAAGCGACGGCAACAGUGUGCGAAAGCAAAGCUAACAGUGCCGUCGCUGCGGCAGUGGCAGUCGCAGUACGCGCACUGCCGGUGAACCAAGCGCAGCGCAGAACAGCAAAAGUGCAUCGAAAAUGCAAUUCGCAUAAAGAGUGAGCGCCACACACAGAUAGCCAGACAGCAGUAAACAAACCGCUCGAGUGCGUGUGCGUGUGCGUGCGCGUGUAAGCGCGCUCAUGCAAUUUUUUGCAAAAACUCAUUCAGUGUCACGGCACCACGCGCGCACAUACAUAUGUAUGUAUACACACAUACAACGCCACGACAAACAAAAACAGCAGCCGCUGUAUUGCAGCGCGUCAAGUGUGCUCACUAUACAAAAGCUUAGCAUCUUGCUGCGGCCAGCUAUUUGAAGAGCUGGUUGACAUUUUUCAUGAAAAAGAAAAAAAAUGUGAAUCGUCAGGAAUUUUAAUGCAUGAAACAGUUGACAUUUAACACAAAAUUUAUGUGAGAACAUCAAAAGAUGCAGUUAGUAGUACGCCAUGACCGCGGAUAUCAGCUGCUUUAAUUCAGCAGAUGCACCUCGUUGCUUUGAUAAACAUACAUACAUACAUACAUACAUACGAAUAGUUUUUGAUUUUGGAAGCGCGCGACGCUGACGUAUCAGGGCCACUGUGAAGGCCUCCUCCGCUGGUGUAAAAACAUUAUUAAAGUGAUCUUAAAAGCAUUUGAGAGUGGUGCAAAUGACUUUAUCAUUUCCGUGUGCUCAUUUAAAUUAGAAUUAAAUUUUUUUAUGAGAACAAUAAACAAAAACGUAGAAACAAAAAGAAAUCUUGCUGCAUCUAAUAACGAACACAGCCUCAACGAAAUACAUCGCUAAAAAUUUUUGAUACAUACAAAAGCAACAACAACACGAACUUAAUUGCUUAGCCAUGCACGCAACAGCAAUACAUUCCACUUGAGACGUUCCAAAACGCGUCAACUAAUCAGGAAAUAAUGGAUAUUGACAAAUAUACACAGAUAUGUUGCAUCAAGGUUAUAAAAGCGAAACGGUAAAAUAAAAAACUAAAAACAAAUUGUGCAACUAAAAGUGUAUGUGCAGUGAAUAUUGAAAAUACAUACGUACUCUAGACCAAAUGUGUUCAAAAACUUCUUCCGAGGAAAAGUAAUUAAAUGACAACCAAUAUGUUUUAAAAGUAGUUUACUGUACAAAUUAACAUGAAAUAAACAAGGAAUAAAUUGACUUCAGAAGUACUAUAUACAUAGAUAUAUAUUCAAAAAUAUUAAAAUUUCUCUUGGAGAGGUAAAGAUUAAUAGUUCUGAAAAACAUUUGAAGUACAUUCAUACAUACAUUCGUAUGUAUGUUUUCGUGUGUGCUUACAUUACCACAUGAAAGUACCUUAUGGUCAUAUAUGUAUGUAUGUAUAUGCAUUGCUCUCACCGACUUCCUAAAAAAAACCCCUAAAAAGGAACAGGCCCCAGUUUAUUAAUAAAUCACCAUUACAGUAAAAAUAAUAGAAAAGUUUUAAUUAAAAAAGAAACUGAAUUAGUGGUGGAACCAUGGCGGAAUGCUCGUAUGCCAGAUGUGUGCAGGAACGUCGCCUUAUUAAACGUGAAUUGAUGAAAUGGUCAAAGGAUAUGCUACAUAUAGUCGGCUUAGAACGGAUCGCUGAGGAGUUGAUGGAACGCAUGAAAUGGAAGCAAUACCAAGAGCCAUUAACUACGCGCAACCAUACAAAUCACACUGUACAAACGCCUGCCGAAACAGCAGCAACAGCAGAAUUACCACCAGCAACAGCAGCAGCAGCUACAGCUGCCGCCAAUACAACAGCGACCUCAGGCAGACCAGCAGCAGCAGCAGCCUCACAAAUCUCGAUAGAACAGCAGACAUACACAGAGGACCGAUCAACGCUAAACGCGCAGCACAACCACCACAACGAUCAGCGUACAGAGGGAGAGAAAAUUCCACAUCCGCAGCAACAAAAUUUGAUCAGCGAUCUUGCGGACGCCAACAGCGUGAAGACGGCAGCGGCGUCACCGUACGGCAAGAGCAACGGCACUGCAGCGGACAACAACAGCAACGAGCGUGCAAUCGAAGGCGCAGCGUACAUUGAACAGCAACAAAACAAAGAGAACACAAACGACUGCCAGACCGAUUGUGCGGCUGAGGAGAACAAGCAGCUGCAACUUAUUGCAGACAACACUACAACAUCACAUAAUCACAACCAACUUCACCACAAUAAUAGUAAUAGUACUUUAGCAUUAAAUAACAACAAAAUUUGCGCCAACAACAACACACCAACAGCAUUUACAACAAGAGCAACCAAUCCAUCACACUCAAUUACGCCAACAGUAAACAUCACAACAAGUGUUAACGCCAGCGAGACGAAAAGCUUGCCUGUUGUACCUACGACAACCGCAUCACCACCGUCAACGCAACCACCUGCACUAGCUAAAAAGGCGCGUGUCGUGGUGUCCAGUGCGCCCAUCGUCGAGCCGGUCGAUUGGAAACCGAAUGAGAAGUGUUAUUUUUGCGUGGACGGCAGAUUACUCACCGUGAACGCGAAGGGCGAAUUAGUUGCCGAGUCGGCGGGCCCGUUUGUGUCCGCCGCCGGCGGCGAUCCAGUGGAGCGCGGUCAGAAGCAGCUCGAGACCGAUAGCGAUUCAAACGAAUCAUCGCAUGUGAAUUUGGCGAACAGUACAACAACAGCGGCUGUGGUUAACCCACUAAUGCAUAACAUCAACAACACCAAUACUAACAAUAAUAAUAAUAGCAACAACAACAACAACAAUAAUAAUCGCAUUGACUGGAAUAAGCUGUUGACGACACGUUUGGUAGAUUUGCCCGCGAACAUGACUUCAAUGGACUCAAUGGCCGCGCAAUUAGCAGUCAUAUCUGGUUAUCCAAAUUUCAAUUGGCUACAAUUGAUGCAACAGCAGCAGCAACAACAACAACAACAACAGCAGCAGCAACAUCAAGCGCCAACCCAACAACCAACGCAACCACAACAGCCGCAGCAGCAGCCGCAGCAACAGCAACAGCAACAGCAACAACAGACAAAUUCGGCGACACCAACUACCUCAGAGACAUCGGCCGCCGCUGUAAGUCCGCCACUCAAGGAUUCACCCAGUCCCAGUGAUGCCACCGGUGAACAACCAUUAGAUCUUAGUUCCAAACCAUCGCCAAAUUCAUCCAUUAGCGGCGAUUUGAAAGCAGUGAGAUCGAAAACACCACGGACCACGCCCACACUCUCUGCACGCCACCCCUACACCGAUGACGCGCUAAGCAGCGCCGUUCAAGAUCUACUCAGUGGUAAAUACAGUGCAAGUAUCCGCAAACCGGCGGGCCAAUACAGCAGCAGCAGCACGUCGUCGAGCACCAGCCGCACAAGACCAACACGCCUUGCGAUGGGUGGCAAACGCGCCAACGCCCACCUAACCAACGCUCUAUUGCAAGGCCUGGAAAUGGACAAGGAUUUGUCAGGCGAUGAAUGUAGCGCUGCUGAUGGCAGUUCGCUCAUGGCCGGUGGACAUGGAAGCAACGCCUCAACACCACAACCACCAGAACCCGCCACACAUUCCGCUCUAGAAGAGCUCGCCAGCCGUUUAAGCGCGACGCAAUCAUUGCGCAAACUAUGCAUAAAUACUGGCAAUAGCGAUGCGUCAGCGAGACGUGAUGCGGACAGUGACGCGACAAACUGCGCUCCUUCAUUGUCGCCCAAAUCAAACGCCCUGUACGUUGAUGCUGCCGCCAAGCGUGACUCUGGCACACCUUCGAGCAGCGCCACGCCGCAGCCGCAACAAUCACCGCAGGCAGGUCUGGAUACAACGUUUGCCAUUUUGCAGGCGUUUUUAUUCACGCUCACAAGCUUCGGCGCUUUACAGCAGCGCGCAGAUCAACCUGUUACCCUGCGUGAUCUUGUCGCCAAUCUGAAGGAUAUGCUGGAAGCACACACAGCCGGUGAUUUGAAUGUGGAGGGACUCAUUAAUAACGGUAAACCCAACAUAAUGGAUCUGCCACUGUCGACGCAUAAGUUGCAGCAGCACUCCGCGGCAUACGCUGCGCAACGCUUGCCCAAAUCAGAUACUCCAGAAACGACGGGUUCGAUUGACACGCACGAACCAAUUGGUGAGGACCUGGCUUCGUCGAUUCUCAAGAUUCCGUCCUAUAAACCUGCGGCAAACACACCCACGCCGACAUCAGGUGUCGCACGCUCCACCUGCUCGCCACCUUUGCUGUGCAACAACUCCAACGCCAACUCAAUGCCAAAUCCCAAUGGCGACAGUCCGCACUCCGCGCCCUCACCGCGCAUCGCCAGCUCAAUGCUGGCGGCCGCGGUGGCAGCCGUAAGCAACAAUGGCAGCUCGACCUCUGUCGGGCGCCAGGGUAAUGAUCUCUCAGUGAUUUCACCCCCGCUGCUGCAACACCGCCAGUCACCUCCGUCGUUCAGCUUUCGAGAUGUAAUCGCGCGAGGCAUUCACCGCACCAUGAAUGAACAGGCCAACCAGGAGGCGCAUGCGGCAGCAGCUGCAGUCGCCGCCGCUUCAGCGCCGAUGCUCGGCCUGUGCCUGGAUAUGGAACGCUCGAGCAACAACAAUAGCGGCGGCAGUGGCGAUUACAAGAAACCUACAAUUUCGGUGGUGAAGAAUAUAGGCGGUACGGAUACCACUCGCUUUGGCGCCGCGCCUAAUUUGUUAGCGGCUGCUAGUGCAGGCGCGGCAGGCACCGUUCCCAGCGCACACAACUCGCACGCGUACCAUCAAACGCACCUACAUAAUGCACAUCACCAUCAUUCGCACCACCUUAGCCGUCAGGAAGCAGCAGCGCUUGCCGCCGGCAAAGGUACGCGACCCAAGCGCGGCAAGUACCGCAACUAUGACCGCGAUAGCUUAAUCGAGGCAGUGCGCGCAGUGCAACGCGGGGAAAUGUCGGUGCAUCGUGCAGGUAGCUACUUCGGCGUGCCGCAUUCGACGCUCGAGUACAAAGUGAAGGAGCGGCAUCUGAUGCGACCGCGCAAGCGGGAGCCCAAGCCCCAGCCCGGUCUGGAUGGCAGCAGCAGCUCGACAUCGGGCAAGUCCAACUCCAACAUUCCUGGUCACCAUAACAAUCUCAGUAAAAUCAAGCUGGGCGGCGCGAGCGGCUCGAAUGUCAAGCUCAACGAAACACUUAAGGGUAACAGCAACUCGGCAGCGGCGGCCUUCCCCACCACUGCGCCAAAUGGCAUGAAACUUCCCAUCUUCGAUCCCAUGCAAUACCCGGGACAUCUGUUUUGGAAUCACACGCCAGCAUUCAACCCAAUGCACAUGGAGUUCAACCGCAACACAGUGGCGGCGCAAAACGCAGCUCAGCGCUACACCGAAGAAGCGUUACGAGUUAGCGCAUCAGCAGGGACGCCCUCGAAUGCUAACAGCCCCAGUCCUAUCGCCAGCCCGCUCUCUGCUGCGGCUGGUCAUGCGCUGAAUAUGAAGAGCGCGCGCGAGAUCGCUGAGAAUUUGUAUGAGGGUGGCGGCGCCAAUGGUUCCUCAAUACUCGAUGGCAUUAUACGCAAGACGCUCGAUCGCAAGAGCACCGACGUUGGACCGCCACCCAGUACCAGCGCUGGCGCCGGCGGCGCACUGCUAGACCAAUUGCUCAUUAAGAAAAGCGGCCUGCCUCCAUACGUCAGCAGCAGCAACAAUACCAGCGAUCAUCUCAUGAGCAUAGGUGCUAAACGCGGCGGCAGCCCGCUCGCCUACACCGAAAUCAAACGCGAACGCUGUAGUCCACAACACAGCAGCGGCGGUGAUGAUGAUGACGACGACGACGCCUCGCGCAGCGGCACCGACGAUGUGAGCUACGAGCACAACAACAACAAUAAAGGUAGUUUCAGCGCCACAAACGAGCUGCAGCUGCAGCAUCAACACCUACACCACCAGCACCAGCAGCAGCAACAGCAACAGCAUCGCAGUCGUAGCCGAAGCCGACUAACGUCACACGAUUCCGCCGAAACCGACACCAGCAGCAUACCAAGCGAUCUCAUGCCAAAUCACAACAACAGCAGUAGCAGCAAGCUAGUGGCCGAUCUGAAUGGCAGUGGAUGUAAUGCGGGCGUAAGCGCGCUGAUGCCGAACGUGGAGCCACUUAUGAAUUUAGGACGUGCGGGCGGACCGACGUUGGGUGGCACCUCAAUACUGCAGGAGAAGUUAGCGCAAAUCAAGGCAGAACAGGAAAACGAAGAGAACUUAUAGAGGUGAGCAACUUGGCGACUUGGCGCUUUGAUGAGGGAGUAACAAGCGCCAAUGCGGAGAGAUGUAGUGAAGGCGCCGCAUGUAGGCUCACUAUUUAGUUGGAUACGCAAGCAUGGCUGAACAGGCGCAGGUGGAGCGCCACACCAGCAAAAGCGAAGUACACUCAUUAGCAGAUGGGCAGCAAUGAGAGCGCAACAGGACAAAGUGAACCUGCGGGCAUGGAACGCUGUUAGAGCUGUUGGGCAAACACGAACACAAAUACACACUUGUGGCACUAUGUAUGGUGAUAAGAGUGAUCUGCGAUCAAAGAUCGCCGAUCGGUAAACGGUAAUCCGUAAAUAGUAAACGGUAAACGGUAAACGGUUCAAAACACAUGUUUAGUCAAAAUUUAAGUGAGGAAUUUAAACUCUUAGUUUACUUCAAGCAACUUAUGUACAUUCACUUAGUAUAUACAAUUACAUAUAUAUAACGGUAAUAUACAUACAUACAUAUAAAAGAAAUUAUGUAUUCGAGAAUACAUACUUAGGCACAUAAAUACUUGUAAACACUUACACAACAGCAAAAACACACACACACACACAGAUAAAGCAGAAAACUAGGAACGACAAUGAAGACAGGCAGUCCGAGUCGAGGAUUUGUGUAUGAAUAGAAUAUUUGUACUGUACAGUGUACAGUGUACAGUGUACAGUGUACAGUGUACAGACAAAAGUGAAGCGAGAAAACAAAUUUUAUUUAAUAGAUACAUAUAUACAUACAAUAACUGUAAUACGUAUAUGUAUGUGUGCAUUUAGCCAGAAGAGCAUGUCUGUCUUUAUUAUUAGUAAGAAAAGUGGAAAAACUACAACAACAAGAAAAAAAAUCAAAGCCAAGUUUCGACUUGUAGAAUAGUGAAGGAGAAAAACCAAAAACAAAAACGUAUAAGGGCUAAUGCAGCGUAAAAGGGAUAUAAAAAUUAUAUAUGUAUAUGUGAACAAGCUGUUAUACAUACACACAUACAUAAAUACAUGCAUAAAAUAAAA